UCCCUCACCGGCCGCAUGAUCAUUGCCCAAGUGCAAAAGCUCGCACGCCGGCUCAAUACCCCCUCCUCCUUACAGCCUAGGUUUGGCAAUUCUUGGCUCCGAAAGCUGCAAGACCGCUACGGCAUCCGGUGGCGGCGUACGUACGGCGAGUCCGGUGUAGUUGAUUUGAGGAAGGUGGUGGAU